AUGAGUCAGCGGACGGAGCGUCGCGGCGGGAUUCACGUCGACCAAUCGGACCUGCUGUGCAAAAAUGGAUGCGGUUACUACGGCAACGCGGCGUGGCAGGCUCUGUGCUCCAAGUGCUGGAGAGAGGAAUAUCAGAAGGUCCGCCAUAAACAGAUCCAGGACGACUGGGCGCUGGCAGCGAAGUUGCAGCGGGAGGAGGAGGCAGCGUACGCCAGCAGUCAUGGAUCUCAGACUCAGCCCCCCCCCUCGUCCUCAAACCCCCAGCCGGGACACGCCUCUCUGGGACCCUUCUCCAAGUUUGAGGAGAAGAAGACCAACGAGAAAACACGAAAAGUGACCACCGUAAAGAAGUUCUUCAGCCCUUCGUCUCGCUCUGCUCCCAAGAAAGAAACCCAAGAGGGAAAGACUCCCAGUCCGUCUCUUAGCCGCCGAGCGAGCUUUGAUACCGACCAGGUGUCCAAAGACUUUAUGGACUUCUUGAAGAACCUCCAGAAACCCGGCAGAGAAAUCCACAAACAGUGCCGAGCCUUCAUCGUCACCAUGUCCAGCAAGAAAGUCCAGGACCUGGGCGCUGACGAGCUGUCGGAGUGCGUUCAGGACUUCUACCAGAACUUAUCCGACCGUUUGUUGGGUCACUUUAAAGGAUCCUCAGAGUCUGUGGAGCAGGUGAUGGAUCAGGUGGAGAAAUACAUAAUGACCCGUCUGUAUAAGAGCGUGUUCUGUCCAGAAACCAGUGAUGACGAGAAGAAGGACCUGGCCACACAGAACAGGAUCAGGGCGUUACACUGGGUCAACAUCGAGAUGCUGUGCUUGUCCUUCGAUGAAGAAAUCCCUGAAGUGUCUGAGAACGUGGUCAAAGCAAUCACAGAUGUCAUUGAGAUGGACUCGAAGAGAGUUCCUCGGGACAAACUGAGCUGCAUCACGCGCUGCAGUAAACACAUCUUCAGCGCCAUCAGGAUCACCAAGAAGGAGCCGGCGUCCGCGGACGACUUCCUCCCCGCUCUGAUCUACAUCGUUCUGAAGGCCAACCCCCCCCGCCUGCAGUCCAACAUCCAGUACAUCACUCGCUUCUGCAACCCCAGCAGGCUGAUGAGCGGAGAGGACGGAUACUACUUCACCAACUUGUGCUGUGCGGCGGCCUUUAUCGAGAAGUUGGACGCUCAGUCCCUCAACCUCUCCCCGGAGGAGUUUGAGCGCUACAUGUCGGGCCAGGCGUCUCCUCGCUCCUCAGAUGGGGUCUGGUCCUCCGCCCCCCCGCCUGACCCCAUCAACCCUGUCCUGGCUCAGCUGAACACCAACCUGGAGGCUCUGUCGGGCCUCAGCACGCGGCAGGAGGCUCUGAUGGAGGCGGCUCAGAGCCUGCAGGCCGAGCUGCUCUCCUGGCCCCAGAGCGUGCAGCACGAGGUGACCGGCAUCCUGAAGAAAUACCCUCUGGAGGUCCCGCCUCGACAAAUUCCCGCCAUCGACAACGACGACGUGGACAACGACAACCUGCCGCCGCCCCUCACGCCCCAGGUGUUCGCUGGGUAGUCUAAGAAGGGAGCGUUGCACAUAGAGUGGUGCAGUGACGAGUCCUAAAACCCGGAAGUGAGUUAGCAUUUUCACUUCCGGUUCCAUCGUCUCAGAGUCAACGGGUUUUUUUAACUAGUUUUGGGAAAAUAGCUGGAAAUAAGGUCUGUGGUUGACACGAAUUUAAGAGACGGAUCACGUUUUGUUCUACGACAUUAAAUCCAUCAGCAGUGACCCCACUGGUGAUUUCUGAAGAGUUGACGUGUCUGAAAAACGAUGGUUGUUACCAAGUGGCUGAAUAGGACUACAGAAGUUGUUGAGGACGUUGUACGUCAUUACGCCGAACACGUAAACACUCCUCUAAGUU